GAUAUUUAGAAGUUUAAUAAUAACAUGUUUAAAUUCAUUAUGCUGAGAGAAACUAAUUUGGAGUCCAUCUUACUGUUAGAAUCUGAUUGAGAGUAAAAACAAAGUUUAUUUUAAAACAACCCCUCAACUAUGACAGGCUCAUCAGUAAAUACUAAGUAAUUUUAAUCAUGUAUUUUAUACCAUAUCAUCUCGUUUUUGUUGCUGCUAUUUUAGUGCUACAGGUUUUUGUUCAAUGAGUCAAUGAAAAUGUAGCACUGUGAUGCUUUUGACUACUGGGGAGAUGGAACUACGGUUACUGUUCUUCCAGAUGGCACCGAUGUGACUCCGAACCUGUUCGUCUUGAGUCCCCUGAAAGGCGAAAAAGUGAACACAGACGAUCUUGGUCCAGAUGUCUGUCUGGUGACAGGUUUCCGUCCAAAGGAGGGAAACAUCACCAUUAAUAUGAAAGAUGGUCCGGUCACCGUGAGCCCCACUAGUGUCGUUCUGUCAAAGGACAACACCUACACCACUGCUGAAUUCAGAAACGAAACCAUCUACUCCUGUGAGAUGAACGGGGCCAUCGGCAACAACGAAGCUGAUGAUGUAUGUAGAAACAUUCAUCCAGAAAAAGCCAAGCUGAACUUCUACCUGCUGCUGAUGAACGGAGUCCGAGUGGUGUUCACCAAAGCUCUGGCCUUCAGCACCGUCCUCACCAUCAGAGGCCUGCUCUUCUGAAAACAAUCAUAUGGAUAAGAAGCAUGGAGAUAAAGAGAUUUAAAUAUAAUUUAAUCUUUGUAUUUAGGAAGAUUUUGCUUCAAAUUAUUUGUUUUAUGGAGCUUGUUUCCUCCAUGCUGAAAUCUGCAAGAAAUAAAUUACUACACUUUAUUUAUUUGAUGUUACAAUGAUACCUUAAGAUUAUCACAGAAUCAAGGAAAUGCGGGCAAAAUAUAUAUCACACCAAAAAUAAAUUAGAUUUAAUAGUUUCAAAAGUACUGAAUUAUUAAACAGUGAUUAUUAUUAAUUUACCUAGAUAUCCAACAUAUAUCAUUCAUUUUUAAUUAUGUAUAUAGUGUAAUAGUCAUGUAUUAAAAUGUUGAAGGUUUUCUGCAGACUUUCUUUAUUUACAAUGUAUAUUUGAAUAGAAACAUUUCCUCAGAGUUUCUUCGAUGUUAAUGUUUUUGCUCUUCUUUAAAGCCAGAAAGUACAAGAACAGAUUAGUCUGUAUUAAGUCAUUCUGCUAUCUUAUUUCAUGAAUUAUUUUUGCUGUGUUUAAUUUCUCAUGAAUUGUGUCCGUUUUGUGUUUGAUGUCUGUGAUAUCUUCUGAAAUAUUGCUUGUCAAAUAAAUAGAUAGACAGACAGACAGACAGACAGACAGACAGACAGACAGACAGACAGACAGACAGACAGACAGACAGACAGACAGACAGGCAUCUUGCUUUUACAUAGUGGAAUGAGUACACAUUAUAUAAUUUACUUAAAUGAGUAAAACUGACUGGUAGUAAUCAACAAAACAAUUAUGAUAAUUACAUCAGAGGCAUACUUAGAUUUUAUCUUCUGUGGCUGCUUAGCUAUUAAAAUCACUGUGCAGUU